AAAGUGGUAGUUAGCUCGUAACUCAGUUUUUUUCCCAACUCGGUUGGCGUGACUAAGCUCAGGGCAGCCAUGGCGUCCGUCAACACCAUAGCACCCCAGAGCUUCCUCUCCAUUAGCAAACCCAAGCCGAAGCCUACAAACGCCUAUCCAAAAUCCAUCCCUUGCUCCAACUUCCCCAAUCAUUCAAUUUUCUCGAGAAACAAACAGAAAGUAAAAGGAUGGGCCUUGAACUCGGUGGUGAACGAAGAGCUCGACGUGAUACCCGUCCAGAGCUCGGACGGCACGGACCAGCAGGAGGGCGUGGUGGUGAGCCGAGUCGAGGGAGGCGGGUUGGAGAGCGAGUUGGCGAGUCAGGUCGGCGGGUUUGUGUCCGAAGGGAGGUUCUCGUUCGAAGGUGGGGCCGAGCUAGGGUUUGGAUCGGGUUCUGGUGUCGGCGAUGUGAGAGAGAGCGAAAGUAUGGAGAAGAUGGUGGAUCGGACGAUCAAUGCGACGAUUGUGCUCGCCGCUGGUACUUACGCCAUCACCAGAUUGCUCACCAUUGAUCAGGAUUACUGGCAUGGAUGGACCCUUUUUGAAAUACUAAGAUAUGCACCUCAACACAACUGGAGUGCUUACGAGGAAGCUCUUAAAACAAACCCAGUUUUUGCCAAAAUGGUGAUUAGUGGAGUCGUAUAUUCUGUAGGAGAUUGGAUAGCACAGUGUUAUGAAGGGAAACCUCUGUUUGAGUUUGACCGUGCACGAAUGUUCCGAUCGGGUCUUGUUGGAUUUACAUUGCACGGUUCCCUUUCUCACUAUUAUUACCAGUUUUGUGAGGCGCUUUUUCCUUUCCACGACUGGUGGGUGGUUCCUGCAAAAGUUGUCUUCGACCAAACUGCAUGGUCAGCGGUUUGGAACAGCAUUUACUACACAGUUUUGGGAUUUUUGCGGCUUGAAUCCCCAGCAAGUAUUUUUAGUGAAUUGAAGGCGACUUUCUGGCCAAUGCUUACUGCAGGGUGGAAACUUUGGCCAUUUGCUCAUCUAAUUACCUACGGUGUAGUCCCGGUAGAACAAAGGCUUUUAUGGGUGGACUGCGUAGAGCUUAUUUGGGUUACUAUACUCUCAACUUAUUCAAAUGAGAAAUCAGAAGCAAGAAUUUCUGAGGCACCAGUGGAAGUCAACCUCAUUUCGUCAAACGUGACCCCUCCUGAGGAGUAAAACAGAACGGAAACAAGCCGGUACAGGAAAGAGUAGAAAAAGGAUUUGAGUUGGGAAUGAAAUUCAUUUGAUGAGGAAACCAUGUCUGGAGAAGAAACACAUCACAAUUCAAGAGUGUGGUUGGGCUGGCUGGUUAUGGUAUCGGUUGCCGGGGACUAGCUUAUGUAUGUUAUAAGAUGGCGUUGUCUUCCUCGGCAUAUGUAUGUAUCCAUAUCAUUGGUAUAUAUUUUUAAUAUGGUGCAAUUCAACUGUAAAAGAAAAAAAAAUUGACGUCAUUCAAUGCCUGAAAAUUGAAACCUUCGGGAGAAAUAAAUCUCUUUUCUGUAAUUUAUACACAACUUGCCUCAUCUUUGAUGUUUCCUAUGAUAGAGACUCAUAUAGAAUAAGCAUAUUGAGGUGA